UUGGAGGAGAGAAAUGGAGAACGGAAUCCCCACAUUAUCUCAAUCUUAUCCCAUGAGCGGCGGCGACGGUCCACAUAGUUACACUCGUAAUUCUUCAUACCAAAAAGCAGCUUUAGAAAGUGCUAAAGCAAAGAUCAAAGAAGCCAUUUUAGAGAAACUCGAUCUCGAAAACCCGAAUCCAAAACCCGAUCUAAACGUUUACAAAAUCGCGGAUUUCGGGUGUUCGGUCGGACCAAACACGUUCGAUGUGAUCCAAAACGUUGUGGAAGCCAUCAAACUCAAACACCAACGAGAAGGAACCAAAGGAGGAAACAAUCAUAAACGCUUGGAGUUGGAAUUUCAUGUUUUCUUCAAUGACCAACCCGACAAUGAUUUCAAUACCCUCUUCAAAACCCUACCUCACCAUUACCACGACCAUGGAGUUUUCUCGUGCGCAGUUCCUGGUUCUUUCUAUUCCCGACUAUUCCCGAGAAACAGCCUUCACGUCGGGCACACUUCUUACACGCUCCAUUGGCUGUCAAGGGCUCCCGAAGAUGUUUCCAACAGAAACUCCCCGGCUUGGAACAAGAACAGCAUCCAAUGCACUAAUUUGGUGGAAGAAGUGACCGACGCUUACUAUCAACAGUUCAAGAAAGAUAUUGGAGCUUUUCUUGAAGCUAGAGCACAAGAACUUGUGCCCGGUGGCUUGAUGAUCAUCUUGGGACAGUGUUUGCCCGAUGAUGUACCGAUGAUUCGGACGUGGAAAGGUGUAGUCACCGACAUGAUCGGAGAUUGUUUGGUCGACAUGGCCAAAUCGGGAAUAACAAGCGUGGAAAAGGCAGAGUCCUUCAAUUUACCGAUAUAUUUUCCAUAUUUUAGUGAAUUGAAGGGGGUGAUCGAACAAAAUAGAUGCUUUAGUGUUGAGAUCAUGGAAGAAGUAAAACAUCCUAUGGAGGAGAUGACAUUGAGCAUCGGCUUCAUCGUUUCCAAGUACCGAGCCAUCUUCCAUGGAGUCAUAGAAGAACACUUCGGAGAUGGAGUGAUGGAUGAAUUGUUCGAUCGAUUCUCUAGGAAACUCGCCCAAUGCCCUAUUGAUUUUAAGGAAUGCCAAAAGGAUAUGCAAUUCUUUAUCUCGCUUCAGCGAAUUGUCGAUUGAAUUUGUAAGGGCUUUUUUUUUAUGUUGGAAUUUUAACAUGUGUUACAAUUUA